GCACUUUUACUCUUCGUUUGGCACUGCCAUUCUUAUCCGUUUUUAUCCUCGAAACAUACAGAGCCAAGAGCGAGUGCGAGAGAGAGGGAGAGAUGGCGUCCCUGUGCGUCUCGUCUUCGGUCACGUUCUCCUCGUUUGCUUCUUCUUCUUCUCACAAGAAGGAGAAAAGCAUUAUAAAAAACCCCUUUUUUGGGUUCUCCUGUGCAUUGUCAAAGCCCUCGAUUCGGACCUCGCUGCCUCUUACCAAGCGGAGCUUCCAGGUUCGGUGCCAGGACCUCUCUCUCGUCCCCAGAGAACAACGGUGGAUGUUCGAGGAGUCCGAAGCCAAUGGCCCUGACAUUUGGAAUAAGACAUGGUAUCCCAAAGCUGCUGAUCAUGUGAACACAGAGAAACCGUGGUACAUCGUUGAUGCUUCGGACAAAAUUCUUGGAAGACUAGCAUCAACAAUUGCCAUUUUUAUCCGUGGGAAAAAUUUGGCUACCUAUACUCCCAGUGUUGACAUGGGGGCAUUCGUGAUUGUGGUAAAUGCAGAAAAAGUUGCGGUGUCCGGUAAGAAAAGGACCCAAAAGCUCUAUAGGAGGCAUUCAGGACGACCAGGUGGCAUGAAAGUGGAAACUUUUGACCAGCUACAGCAGAGAAUUCCAGAAAGAAUUAUUGAACAUGCUGUUCGUGGUAUGCUUCCCAAGGGAAGGCUUGGCAGAGCUCUGUUCAACCACUUAAAGGUGUACAAGGGCCCAGAUCAUCCACAUGACGCCCAGAAGCCCAUGGAGCUGCCCAUAAGGGACAAAAGGAUACAGAAAGAAGGAUAGAUAUUAGUUGCAUGCUUCAGCUCCCAUGUAGUUGUUCUUUUUUCCCCCUCUUUCUGAGCAUGAUUAUUUUUUUGCGUGGUCGUAUCUUUCCGUCCCCUGCUUCCUUGGAAUGUUGUGAUCUAAUUAGGAAAAGAAAAAAAAAAGCUUAUUUUGUAUGUAUGAGUUGCUUUAUAUAUAUUUGUUAUUCAUGUUUUGACCCCCUAUCUUAAUAUAUUUCUCAUUCUUGCUUUUGGCCCCUUCCGAUAAAA